AUGCUAUCUGUGCUCCCCCAGGCGAUGGACCUGACGAACGUGCUGAAUAACAGAGGAGGCACUAUAGUACAACACCCGCAUCACUUUGCAAACGACUUCAUGAAUCAACAACACCAUCUUGCCUUUGGCAAGCCUGAGUCCGACAUGGAUCGCUCAAACUCGCCACACAUUUCCGAUCAUUCGGCCUAUUCCGCCCACAGCAUGCCGCGAUCCUACCACUCGCCGAACGUCAUGCAGGCUCCCAUGCACAUUCCGAGCUCCAUGCCCAAUGGCAUGCACGUGCAAGGCUUUCCCGACAUGCAACACAUGGCCGCUGUUCCCAGCAUGGGAAUGACGCACAUGCCUCCCCCUAACCCCAUGGACGAUGGCAAGAAGCAAAAAACACACCAGUGCAGUACCUGCGACAGCGCCUUUGCCCGCCGAAGCGAUCUCAGCCGUCACGAACGCAUCCACUCUGGAAACAGGCCUCAUGCAUGCGACGUCUGCGGGAAACAAUUUAUUCAAAGAUCGGCCCUUACCGUUCACAAGCGCGUUCACACCGGCGAGAAGCCGCACCAGUGCGAGACGUGUGGCAAGAAGUUUGGCGACAGCAGCUCUCUUGCUAGACAUCGACGAACCCAUUCCGGCCAGCGACCCUACGUCUGCCCUUUUGCUGACUGUCAAAAGACUUUUACGCGAAAGACGACAUUGACGCGCCACAAGAGCAACCAUAUUGGCACUGUCGAGCAGGCAGCAGCCGCGCGAGCAGCCGCUUUGGCAAGCGCAAACUCAAAGAACCUCAUUCAGGCUCGUUCCGAUGGCGAUCACCUGUCCAGUCAUGGCUCGCCUCUUACGACGCCUUCACCCGCACAGCGGGCCAUGUCCAUGUCUCCUGGCAUGGACCUGGGCGGCAUGAACCGUCACCCUGCCGAAUUUCAGUAUCUGCAGCAAGGAGGCCCUCUACCAGCCCACCUGCGCGUUGGCAGCCCGACAUCAACCUCGAGCGGAUACAGCAAUCCCGGUGCUAUGCGUCCAACGUCGCAUCCCACCAGCUAUGUUCCACCUCCUACUCUCGAGCCGAGCGUUGAGCAUCACCAGCAAGGCUCAAACGGAAGCAACGGUGGUAGCCCUCACAUGAGCAACAUGGGCUGGCCAUCGCCGUCACAGCACCUCCAAUCACCGUCGCAUCACAUGCACUCGCCGUCGCAUCACAUGCAAUCGCCUUCUCAGCAUAUGCAAUCGCCGUCUCAGCAUAUUCACUCCCCUGUGGCCCAAAAUGCUGCUGCCGGCUACGUUUAUCCCGAUCCCGAUACAUAUCCUCCCAACGCGGCCGCGAUGAACCAAAUGUACUACAACCCACCGCAGCAGAUGCGGCGACCUCAAAGCACUGAACCUGGGCUGGUCCAUAUGGCCUAG